AUGUGGAAUUUACCAAGGACCGGCUUGGAUUCUGGAAUUUGGAAUUUACUAAGGACCAGCUUGGAUUCUGGAAUUUGGAAUUUACUAAGGACAAGCUUGGAUUCUGGAAUUUGGAAUUUACUAAGGACCGGCUUGGAAUCUGAAAUUUGGAAUUUACCAAGGACCGGAUUGGAUUCUGGAAUUUGGAAUUUACUAAGGACCGGAUUGGAUUCUGGAAUUUGGAAUUUACUAAGGACCAGCUUGGAUUCUGGAAUCUGGAAUUUACUAAGGACCGGCUGGGAUUCUGGAAUCUCGAAUUUACUAAGGACCGGCUUGGAAACUGGAAUUUGGAAUUUACUAAGGACCUGCUUGGAUUCUGGAAUUUGGAAUUUACUAAGGACCAGCUUGGAUUCUGGAAUUUAUUCCCCUGCGGACAUCAGAGGAAUGAGAUUUUUUUUAAAGAAAAUAGCAUUAUAA